CCUCGGCUACUCGUCACCUCACACCACACACAGCUAGCUAGCGAGCGAGCACAGCGUAGGACUCCUCAGUGAGCUCGUGCGUAGUGUAAAUGGCGAAGGACAUCGAGGCGGCGGCGGCGGCGGAGGGCGGCGAGUACACGGCGAAGGACUACUCGGACCCGCCGCCGGCGCCGCUCAUCGACGCGGAGGAGCUGACCAAGUGGUCCCUGUACCGCGCGGUGAUCGCCGAGUUCGUGGCCACUCUCCUCUUCCUGUACAUCACGGUGGCAACCGUGAUCGGGUACAAGCACCAGACGGACGCGUCGGCGUCGGGCCCCGACGCGGCGUGUGGCGGCGUGGGCAUCCUCGGCAUCGCCUGGGCCUUCGGCGGCAUGAUAUUCAUCCUCGUCUACUGCACGGCCGGCGUCUCCGGUGGCCACAUCAACCCAGCGGUGACGUUUGGGCUGUUCCUGGCGCGCAAGGUGUCUCUGGUGCGCGCGGUGCUCUACAUCAUCGCGCAGUCCCUGGGCGCCAUCUGCGGCGUGGGGCUCGUCAAGGGCUUCCAGAGCGCCUACUACGUGCGCUACGGCGGCGGCGCCAACGAGCUUAGCGACGGCUACUCCAAGGGAACGGGUCUCGCCGCCGAGAUCAUCGGCACCUUCGUGCUCGUCUACACUGUCUUCUCCGCCACCGAUCCCAAGCGCAGCGCCCGUGACUCCCACGUCCCCGUGCUCGCUCCUCUUCCAAUCGGGUUUGCCGUGUUCAUGGUCCACUUGGCCACCAUCCCGAUCACCGGCACCGGCAUCAACCCGGCCAGGAGCUUGGGCGCUGCCGUGAUCUACAACAACGACAAGGCCUGGGACGACCACUGGAUCUUCUGGGUGGGGCCACUGAUCGGUGCCGCCAUCGCCGCCGCCUACCACCAGUACGUCCUUCGGGCCAGCGCCUCGAAGCUGGGCUCGUCUGCCUCCUUUAGCAGCAGGGGCUAGGCCAUAAGCAUUGCCUCCCGCAGGAGCAUCGGAGGCGUUGAACUGUAGAUAUGUCAGAGGGCCUCCAGUCUACAUAUUUGCUUUGGGUUGUGCUCGCCAUGCAUCCAUGUGAUCCGCGUCUGUAAUUUCCGAGUUCGCUACAUUUGCUUGCUGCUUUCUUAGUUUCCAAGUGUGCCUGUGAUGUUUUACUUAUCCGUGUAUGAAUAUAAUGUACGCAUGCAUCUGGACGGCUGGGCGAAAAAGGAACAAGUGUGCAUGCAAGUUUUAUAUAGUACUUGAUGUUUUUCGCUUAA